AUUUACGCUCAUCAUAAAAUAUUGCAACAUUUUCAUUGCCGAUCUGUUGAAAACUUUUCCUGACUUUCAUCAUCAAAUCUUUCCGGAAUUUCUCCUAGAGAAAAGGUUACCAUUCGUCAUUCGCCGAGAAUUCUUUUUUAGUGGAGGAUAGGAGUCAGGUCUUAAAAUGUAUCAAAUAUUUGCUUUAACAGCGUAAAUUCGCCCAAUCUGAUGAUUCUGUUAUUACAACUUUGCAACUCUGUCAAGAAUUGCUGCACACGCGAAUAAUACAGACAAAGUGGCGCGCCGACUGAAGUUUGCUGCAAGUUAAGUCUAAAACAGAUGUUCUGGAUGGUUGAUUUGACAGUGGAAUUGACGGAUAAGCGAAUGAUUUAUCCGAACUUAAGGCAUUUAGAUGUUAUCAAGAAUAUUCCGUGGAGAAAAUGAGAAUGCUGCUGUCAAAAGGAGGCGUCAAAUUGACACAUUAAAAAUAUUUAAUGACAAUGUAUUGGAACUCCGAGAAGAUGUGGAAUAUCAGGUACAAUUCGAUGCCGGAGAUAAGCGAAUGGCUAUCAUGGUCUCGUUGUCCCCCGAGUUCCCCCUAGAAAAACCAGUUCUUAGAGUAUCUCCACCAAUUAGCCACCCCUGGUGCAAUGAGCACAAUGAAAUUGUGAGUGCUCCAGGACUCCUUAAUUUCACGGUACACAGUGACCUUGGCCGAGUUGUUCAAGCCAUCAUUCGAGAAUUCAGCAAAAACCCACCUCAGUUUGUGGAAGAUAGUCCGCCAGCUUCUUCCAUGAAUCAUAGAGAAUUGCAGGAACGAGCAUCACCGUCCUAUACCAUACAACAAUAUCCUGAUGUCCCGUCAACUUCGUAUAAUUCUUAUUAUAACACUUAUUACCCAAAAUAUUCAUCGUCAAAUACAAACACCUCUGUUUAUAACUAUAACUACACAAGUUCGGGUAAUACUUAUGCGAUAGAUAGCCAAUCCAAGCCUUUUGCCUCAACAUCCCACCAUUCUACUUACCCGCCAAGUUCGACGGGCAAUUCUUUACACUCAACCAAAGCUUCGUGUUUUCCGUCUCACCAAUAUACUAAUACUGCCUACCUGAACUCGCAUUAUGGCAGCACGAAUUAUGGCCAGACUACAACAGCGACAAAUGCCAGGUCGAAUACACCGCAGAGCUUAGAAUUUCCUGAACUAAAUGAUCUGAGUAACGAGGAAUUGAAGAAACUUGGAGAAGAUGAAGAUAGAUUAGAUGAGUUCCUGGAUAAGCAUGUUCAAAUAAAGGAUCUCAAUACUGCAGUAGAAGACGCCAUCAAUUGGGUUGAAAAAACUGCCCAUGCGAAUUUAUUAAAGAAAUCAGAACUUGAAGUACUUAGAAACCAAGUCGCAGAAAAGGCGGAGAGAGUAACGAUUCUAAAAUCUAGAUACGACCAAUUAAACCAACAAUAUAAUAAAUUAUCAGAGGUGUUUACACCGGAUCACAUAAAGAACUGCUUGAAACAUGCCGCCGACGUGAGUCACGAAAAAAGUGAAACAAUUGCUGAAGAUUUUUUGAAUAGAAAAAUUGAUGUAGAGCGUUUUUUAAGCACUUACGUCGAAUGUCGAAAGCUUGGACAAGCACGAAGAACGAAGGAAGAAAAAUUAGUGCACCAACUCAAUGAACUGAAACGAGCUGGCUACUGAAUGGUGUGAAAUCAGUUUUCUAUAAAACCGAACAAACUGUAAAUAACUUUUAGUUAAAUUAAAUGAUCAAUGCGGAAUUUUAGUUUGACCGUGCAUUUACGUUGCGCACUCGCCAGUCCCGCUUCGAGAGACUAGUUACUGAGCAUUACAUAGAGAAAAAAGGCACCUCUACAGUUUCGAAUUAAUUUGAUGUAUAAUGCUUAAAGAACAUGUUAGAUAUGGGUAAACCGAGUUAGACCGCAUCAGAGAGAAGUGAUAUGGUUAUGAAAACAGGUGGGUAAAAAAGAAGCAGCUCAUUUAAAAGAGCAUUUCAGUGAAAAUGAUAGUUUUCCAGUUGAUACUAGAAUGGUUGUGUUACGUAUAACAAUUCUGAAGUCCGCUUGUGACGGAUGUACAUUUUUUUAAACCUAAGAUUCGAUGAAAUCUUUUUCUUGGUCGUUAACCGGGCAUGAUUACUCAACAUUAUGACAGAAUGUCAGCUUCUGUGUGUGUAAAAUACAUUUAUAAAGGUUGUCUCGUAAAUAGUAGUAUGUAAAAUCCGAAUACGUGGUUAUUUUAGUUUGUAAAUUUGUAAAUGAAGUUAUUGUAUCAUAACUUUAGCCGAAUUCUUUUCUUUCCUUCACUUGUAGUACAAAUUGUUUCUCAUUGAUUGACAGAAGCAUAAACAACUACUCUGAGAUCAACAAUGCUCGAUGACACCGGUAAAAGCGGUAAUUUACCGCUGUUAUAAUCCAAUAUGAUCGUUUGAGCAUCAAAUUAAUUUGAAACGUGCUUGUCAGUAUUUUUGAGUUGGAAUAAAUGCGAAAUUUUUGUGACGUACAUUCAUUCCACUACUGCGCCAUGGGUUGUAUGCUGUGGAGCUUAGUGCUUGCAACGUACUUUUUUUUACUAUGUAAAUACCAUAAGAUUUGUCUUUGGCAAGAAUGUUGCAUUAAAAGCUCUGCAUUCGUUUUGUGAAUGUUCCUAAUAUUGUGCAAUAUUAGCUGGUAUGAGAAGCCUAUAAUUUUUGGAUUCAUGAAAUCUUCUAGUGAAAAACCACAAGGUUUUGAUAGCAGCAUUUAUCCGUCAAAUGCAGCAAUUUUUUCCCAAUACUAGUCUGAUGAGUGAUAUCAAACCAUACCGAGCAAAAUAUAGUGCUUCAUUGGAUAUGAAUUACUCGUCCGUCCAACUUCAAUACAUCAAUUUUUAUUAUCGUCUCAAAGUGUUGUGCUGGUUUCAAUUAUUUAUUGUGAAAUUCGAAAGAUACUUCAUGUCCUAGUUAUGAAUGGCAUCCUAACAACGGAAUUAUGCUGCGAUUAAAAGCUUUGUGAACAUGAACACACUUCGACUAAUUUGACAGGUGAUCCAGUCAAUUAACUUUGGCUCUUGAUGCAUUUUAUUAGGUGCUUCACGUUGGUAUUGCAUUGCUAUGUCUACUUUAUACAUUGAAAUCAAGUAUAGUUAUAAUUGUAUCGUACUAGGAUUUCUAAAAAUAUAAACAAUUAUUUACACUAA